AUGACUUCAAACAAGGGUAAGGGGAUUCUUCUUGAGGAGGAUGAUGAUGCGCCGAUACUUUUGCCGGAUCAAGCAGAUGAACAUCUCAUUAAGGAGUACAGCUUGUCUCUUAUUGGCAAGAUUUUAAACCCCAAAAAACAAAAUGUGGAGCGGCUUAUUGUCGCAAUGCCAGACCAAUGGGGCAUGUCAGAGAAGAUCACUGCUUGUGAUUUGGGCAAUGGGCGCUUCUUAUUCAAUUUUGAUAAUGAGGAAGAUCUUAAUUAUGUCCUCAACCAAGGACCCUUCCACCAUAACUUUUAUAUGUUUGUGUUGGUUCGUUGGGAGCCAGUGGUUGAUGAAAGCUACCCAUCUCUGGUACCGUUCUGGAUACAACUACAGGGCAUCCCCUUGCAUCUCUGUACGCAUCAGAACUUGGAGGCCAUCGGAGACAGACUUGGGAAAGUGGACAAGAUUGAUUCUGCAGAAGGAAAAAUCAGAGUGGAAAUUGAUUCUAGUAAGCCUCUGAAGUUCACCAGGAAGUUACAAACGCGGAAAAAGGAGGAUAUCAACAUUAAGCUCCACUACGAAAUGCUCUUUAAGCAUUGUUCUACAUGUGGUCUUAUGACACAUGAGACUCAAUACUGUACAAUGUAUCAGAGCAGUACGCAAUCCCAACUGACUGGCCGUGAGACAGUCUUUGAUCGCGUAAGACCUAGCACCGGUGGAGAUGUCAGUUCACGUGUGCCCUCAGGGAGCGCUCGUGUGAAGGAUGAGAUAGCUCGGCCUCACAAAGAUGGAGCGAGCUCUUACGCUCGAGUUCAUCGCUCUACUCACUCAAGCCGCUCUAGUCGUGUUACCAAACCGCGGGAUUCUCGAUACAAUCCAGACACGGCCUCCGCUUCAGCUGGCAACACCAAACUUCGCUCGCCCGUCACGGAAGAAGGAUCGAGGCGCCUUAGUGAUCAACCAGCUAGCGCAACAGUAGUGCCCAAGUUAAGUGUUUCUAUGGAGCAGCCUCCCCUGGAUAAUAAUGUCACCUACAGACCACACACAACCCAACUUUCCCAUAUAGAAGUUGCAGAGGAUCUCAUUCCUCCAUAUAAUGCUCUGAAGAUUGAUGCUCUUAAUGAGCACGACAUCGAGAAUGAGGAGGAGAUAGCGGAUGCAUACAUGGAGGACAAUAUCAUGGGAAAUGAGCUGGCGCUAAUAGAGGAUGAGGACAUGCUAGGGGAAGAUCUUGCGCAUAUUAAAUCUUUGGGGGGUGACUGA